AUGCCAUGUUCAGUAAAUGAUUUCGUUCCAUUUAUAUCAUUCGUCUACGGUGCCUGUUAUACAUUCAAUGCACAAUUGAAAAAUAAUGGCAAUCGAAAUACAGUUUAUGCCAACGAAUAUGGUGGUGAUGGCAAACUCUCUAUAGGUCUUUACAUACAUAGUCAUCAAUAUGUGCCUUCUCUCAGGGAUGGGUUUGGUGCCGUGGCUCUAGUUCACGAUAAUACACAAUUACCAAAUAUUGAAGCAGCUGGUAUUGAAUUAGCGUCAGGACGAAGACAAAAAAUUGCAUAUAGAAAGAAGACAACUUACCUAUUAUCUUCACCGUAUACAACAUGCACUAAAAGUGUAUCUCCAACUAUGCAAGCCAUGUUUGAAUAUUACAAUAAUACUAAUUAUGGCUAUUCUGAAGCGUUAUGUUAUCAACUUUGUGGACAGAUCUAUGCAUAUGAACAUUGCGGUUGUGUCAAUCCUAUCCUAUGGAAUGGUCGUAAAUUCUAUGUCUCGAGCAUGAAUCGAGUGAUUUUUGCACCUCUUUGUGAAUUCGACAAUAAGUGUUACAAGGAAGCCAUUGGUAAACUUUUAACUUCGUCUCCUCUUAUGAACAGUUAUUGUUCAGAAUGUUUACAAGAAUGUGUAAUAAAAAAUUUUAUUAUACAAACUUCUUCACUCUCAUUACCAGGCGAAUGGGAAAUGGAAAAAAUAAAGAAGUUUGUUGAAAAUUCCACGAUUUCAUUACCGACGAAUUGGUCUCGUACAUGGCAAGAUGAAAUUCGUAAAAAUUAUCUUACUAUCAAUGUUGUACGCGAAACAAGUAUUGUCAAAAAUAGUACACAAUCAGCGACCAUGGAUGUAGUUGAUGUGUUUUCAAAUGUUGGCGGUCAAACUGGUCUAUGGAUUGGCAUUAGUCUUCUUUCAAUCAUGGAGCUAAUAGAAAUGCUUUAUCGAUUGAUUCGAAACGAAUUUCAUAUUAUUCGAAGAAAGAUACAAGCUAAUAGACAAUAA